CCGAAUAAGAGUUUUUGGUGUGAAUGUAAAGAGAUCGCUCAGCGUAACUUCAUAUACUUUUAUGAUAUCAUUUUAAAUUUGAAUCGACUGGGGAUAGAGAAGGAAGGAAAAUUAUAUAAAGGACAUUUUUCAAUAGGCCACAUGUCCUGCUAGAACAUACAGGAUGAAGACGUCACUGACAUUGUUAUUCCUUUUGCUGGCUAGGACCAUCUCCUUGCCGACAAGGAAUAGUGGUGAUAUUGUAACACAACCAAGUGCCAAACAUACAAACACGUCUACCAUUACAAAACCUGCGACGAAAUCAGCUUUGUCUAAGACAGAAGACGAACUACUCGCACUAACAAACCUUACGCCAAAGGCCGCAGCUUCCAUCAAACCGGAUGUAAACGUUACACCACACAAUACAACACUCACCAAACCGGAAGCAAUGCCAGGGUUACCUACCGUAAAACCACUUACUCCGGAUAAUCAGUCAACGUUUGAUGUACCUUAUGUCGCUGCCUCAGUACUGAAAAACUGCCAGCUUAUACCUGAAGAUAAGGAAACAACAUCGCUCAUAAGUGAAGCUCUUAUAAGCGGAACAAAGAUGAUCAAAUUCCAUCUACAUAUCAAGCGCCCAGAAAGGAAGUUCCAUGGGUACAACGAAAGCAACUUAUACAAACCGUUCUUUUGGGUUCGUUCCACAGGCCGCCACGGAACUGGAUUGUUGCUUCUGAGACCGGCAUACGACAUGCUAUCUUUAACAACUCUUGAACUUGGUGUAGAAACAAUGCACGUGAAUAUUACUGAGCAUCCAAGUUACUGCCUUAGCCAGCUGUCAUAUUCGGAUAUUGAGGUACUUGUCCGGGAACUGGUCAUGAACGACUUUCAAAAUACAAGCUCAGGGGUGAUUGUGAAACUGAAACCAACAGAUAAUGUUUGUAACAUGCACGUGACUGACGCCGAUGGUGUUGCAGAUUUUAGGUAUCUGUGUUGCCAGAGAAGCGAAACCCAUCAUGUAAGGUGCAGUUAUUUGCAAUCUGACGCUUGGCUCAAUGUAUUAUUUACUGUAAUUGUAGUUUUGAAAGUUCUUGUGGUUUUGUUCAGUCCAAGAUUAAUACCAGAUUCGUUUUAUCGUCUGAAACAUGUAGCUGCUCCAUAUAUACACAGGUUGCAGCAGCCUCUGUCGGUGAAAGCUGUCGUCACAACAAAUCCUGAACAAUUUACAAAUGUGAAGAACAAGUUUGAGUUAACAGAAUUCAGAGAAAUGAAAAAAUUUAAGACAACAUUGCAGAAUAUGACUCUUGAUGUACCUUAUACCCUUAUAAUGAAGCAAGUACAUCUUCGUAUUAAAUAUGGACGUCUGUUGCCAGAAGAUUUCGCACCAGUUGGAUUGUUUCGGACAAUGUAUGACUCAUUCUUCAAAUGCAAAAUUCGCGAAAGAGUAGCUGUUGCAGAAUGUUGUAAAUCAAAUUUCUUCUUGUUUUCAAAAUGUCAUUCUGAGACAAUGUCCUGGUACACAGUUUUGAAGCGUUUUAUGACAGCUAUUCUACUUCUUCUACUAGCGACACCAUGGAUAAUCCGAAUUUAUGUCUACUUUCAAUACGAGCACUCUGAAAUGCACAUGCGCAAAGAUGCUGCAUACAGAAAAUCUCUACGUUUCUACUUCCCUGGGAACUUCACGCUAUUGCUUACACCGUUGCAUGUUUUGUUUGUUUUAAUUUAUUUACUUUUGUCUUUCGAGUCGUGUGUCUUUGGUGUUAUGAGCCGGAAGAUGAAGGAACGUUUCAAAUUUGUUCUCCGGAAGUGCUUUCGGGACAUGCGCGAAACGAAGCAAAUGGACGUGGUUGGCUGGGUAGUUAAAGUAGCAGUAAAACCAUGUACCUUGUUCGGUGGCGUAGGAAUUUGUAUUGGACUUGUUACAUGGACACUAGGUCUACCAUUUCUGCUUCUUAUCCUAUCAUUCUACAUAUUCCCGACUUUGAAUAUCACUUUACGCCUACUAGCUCAUUUUGCGGUGUAUCUUUUUCCCAGAAAUGCUUGCAACGAAAUAAGGAUACUUGCCAAACUGUCCAGACUUGUAGACAACAUUGAACAGAAGUUAGAAAUGAAAGAUAUAUCCAGAGCGGAAUCAUUAGAAAAGAAAGAAUCCGUCUUAAAUUCAGGCUCGAAAAGACUUCAGCAGUUAGUCGUUAUAUUACUAUGCCUCUUAUCCAUGUAUUCAGUUAUAUUUCUGAUGACUGAGUUCGCAUCAUUCAUUGUCGAAAUAUUCGUCUACACAUUAAUGGGGCUUAUUCUAAAUGCUUCAAUGACAUUAACUUAUAUUUCACUUAUUUUUCUUCUAGGCGUUUACGGAAGUGACUGUUUUGGUAUUGUCAGUAAAAAGUUUCUGGCUUUCAACAAAACAAUGAUAUCGGCUAUUCUACAACUCGGUAAAGACAAAGUUGAAAAUGAAAUUUAUUGCGAUGAAGAAAAGCAGGAAAACAUUGCGUUUAGAAUAAAGACGGAAAGAGCAGAGACAGUUGAAAAUCCAGUGCAGCUUGCAACGAACGAGGACGGUCUUCCAAGGUGGCAAGUUUCUAGAGUAGUGCUUUUUCUGAGCAAGAAUGACCGACCAAUGAUUCCAAAGAGUUUUUACUUCAAGUCAUGUAAGAUGCCAUUUUACAGUGUUCCCGGAGAGUUGCUUGUUAAUUACUUGAGAGCAACAGCGGAAUUCGGGAUGAUAUUGUUAUUUCUAAUGUUUGUUCUCGUUGUUGUUCUCGCAUUUGGUGACACGUACGAGAUUUCAGCAACAAAUAAAUUGUUGGCAACAGUCGCAGGUGGAUUUUUACCAUUUAUACUGAAAAAGGCCGUUUUUAAAUCCCACGAAGUUCCGGAAAUAGAUAUAAAGAACAUGAAUUUCCAAGUUUGUUUGCACGAGUUGAUGGAGGACUAUCAGCAGACGUGGCCAAUUUACGACAUUGAUGUGAUUAACAAACAAAUUUUGGAUAAUAACAGUAAUUUGGAUACUCCAGAGGAAUUUAAUGAAACUGAAAUACCAGUUUUUGAUGAAACAAACAGUGAACACAAAGAUAGUGUCAAAACUAAAAAUCAGCCAAUUGAUUUAUUAAUACAUAUUGCUGGAGAAAUAGACAGCGAUGAUUUCCCUGGUAUGUCCACGGAAAGACCUGGAUACAAUGGUUCUACCACUUUUCUAGAACCAGAUGAAAAUGAAUUGAAAGAAAUUCUGAAUACUUCAUAGGUAAUGUGACACAUUUCUGAAAAUAAUUGAAAGUUUAUUAAUGUAUAGCAGUAUCAUUCAUUUGAAGUACAAACAUUUGUAGUGAUUUGUUCUGGGGCUAUAGCUAAAAAUGUUACUGAAGUUUUCAAAACAUUCUAAAACAUUCAGAUGAAAAACGAUCCAAGACAUAAUUAUAUCUAAAUUUCUUCGUAAAUAGUUGCAAAUUAUCAUUAUUACAACAAACAAGGGGAACAUAGAUAUCAGGAAAUCAAUGCUAUUCUUGGUAAGAAAGUUUUGAAAGACUAUAUGUUAUGGAAACACAGGCUGAGAAUUAAUUGUUUUCACUAAUUUUUACACAGAAAAUUGAAAAGCGUUUGUAAGACUUUACUCUAGCUAAACUGCUUUAAUCAUAAAUAUGUAUAUUUA